AUGGCGACCGACCCGCCCUCUUCCGCCGCCACGGCCACUACCGCCGGCGAGAUUGUUACCGCAGAAUAUAAACUGCCUCGAUCCAUAUACGACUUGACGGCGGAUUUCUUUGACUCGUGUCGGUUGUUGAAUCCCUCGGUCCGGUUAGGACCUUUGGUUUCAGUUAUACCCGCUUUCGAUCCGGAUAAAAGAGACGAGGCGGAGGAGAAGAGUUCCAAGGAGGGCGUGGUUUUGGAUAGAUGGACCUGUAACACUUGUAAAAUUGAGUUCGUAUCUCUCCAGGAUCAACGCUCGCACUUCAAGUCGGAUAUUCAUCGGCUUAACAUCAAGCUGAGUGUUGCUGGAAAGUCCAUUUUGAAAGAAGAAGAUGUUGAUGAGCUGACAUCUGAGUCGGUCCAAGACUAUGAUGUGUCCAGUAUCUCAGGAUCAGAGGACGAAGCUGAGGCGAGACCCUUAUUCCACUUUGAUGCUCAAAAGGGCAUUGACAAAAAGAAGCUCUUUUUCCGUCUUCAAAGCGGCGAGAAAGUUUCCAUCUGGAAAUGCUUGAUCAUGGACGAGGCUGAAAGCGUUUCAUACGGAGUUUCUGUUGAUGAUUGCGGGAGUUUGGGCGAGAUUGAAGUCACUGCCAGGUUGAGAAAUUUGAUUCGAGAGAAUACGGAUGACAGGCAAAUGCGCGUCGUGCUGCUUGCUAGUGGUGGCCACUUUGCCGCUAGUGUCUUUAAUGGAAAGUCGGUUGUGGCUCAUAAGACAUUCCACAGAUACGUUAUAAGAGCCAAGGCUGGUAAAAAGCAGUCCACAAAAGAUGCAAGCGGGAGAAGUAUACACUCUGCCGGAGCCUCCCUUCGUCGUUAUAACGAACUUGCUUUGAAAAAGGAUAUUCAAGAGCUACUUGCUAGCUGGAAGCCUUAUUUUGAUGGCGCUGCUUGUGUUUUUAUCCAUGCUCCCUCAAGCAGUAGGCAAUUGCUUUUCAAUGGAGGCAAACCAUAUUUUAGCAGCCAAAACUGUGCUGUGCGAAACGUUCCGUUUACUAUCCGGCGGCCAACCUUCAAAGAAUCACAGCGUAUAUAUAAUCAGUUGACUCAGGUUGCAUAUGUAACUGAGGAAAUUUUUGCAAAUCCACCAGAGGAAGCGAAAGCUAAAACUGUGGUGCACGCCCACACUGAGGAUUCUUCUGGUGAAAUCUCAAGACAGGAAGAGCAUGAUGAAACUUUAUCUACCAGCAUGAUCUUAGAGGAACCAAAUCUUAUAGAAGAGGAUCUCGGGGAUGGAGUUGCUGGUACGUCAACUCCAUUACAUGAAGCUGCUAAAUCUGGUGAUGGUUCGAGAGUUCUGGAGUUGUUGGAGGAAGGUAUGGAUCCUUGUGCUAAGGAUGAAAGAGGCAGAGCACCAUACAUGCUUGCAGAUGACAAGGAAGUGAGGAACACUUUCAGGCGGUUUAUGGCGUCAAACCUUGAAAAAUGGAAUUGGCAUGAUGCUAAAGUACCCAGCCCGCUCACCAAAGAGAUGGAGGAAUCUCAAGCUGCCAAGCAGGCAGAGAAAGACGCCAAGAAGAAAGCAAGAGCAAAAGAACUGAAAAAACUACGGAAAGCCCGAGAAAAGAAGGCUCAAGCGGAGGCUGAGAAGGAGAAACCGAUCUCAAAAGUGGAGGAAGUGAGGAGAGCAAUGGCGGCCGAGAGGGAGAAGAGAGCAGCGGCUGCAGAAAGACGGAUGGCAGCACUUAACACUCAAAGCAGUUCAACGACAUGA